UGGCUCCCUUUGGAAGGAAUUUAUUAAAAACCCGGCAUAAAAACAGUCCCAGGCAAAACUUUCGGCGAGGAGGACAUUGCUCUUCCUAACUUUGAACCUCCCCCGUGCAAACCAACGCCAACAUCUGAAGUCCCUCGUUUGAGCGAGCUGGGACCAAACCGGUGCCGAGAAGAGGAGCUGGCCGCCGCAGGGUGCGGUGUCCGCGCCCGCAGCGCUCCGCACCCGCGCUGCGGAAAAACUCGGCGAAGUUUCUCACGGGCGGGCUGCGGCAGAGCCCCUCUGCGCCCUGCUCCCCCCGAUUUUCCCAGCGUGGGAGAGCCGCAGGCUGCAGCUGCGGAGAGUCAGCUCUUAACUCGUCUUCUGGCCAUCUCCCAGCAAGGACAUGGCUUCAAAUGAAAGAGAGAUUGUGGUUUGGGUUUGCCAGGAGGAGAAGAUUGUAUGUGGCCUGACAAAGCGCACAACUUGUGCAGAAGUGAUUCAAGCGCUACUGGAGGAACAUCAGACAACAUUUGGAGAGAAAAAAGUCCUUUUUGGAAAACCUAGUGAUUACUGUAUUAUAGAGAAAUGGAGAGGUUCUGAGCGAGUCCUUCCUCCUUUGACAAAGAUUCUGAGACUCUGGAAGGCCUGGGGAGAAGAGCAGCCUAAUUUGCACUUUGUAUUGGUAAAGUCUGAUGCUUUCCUCUCAUUUCCACUGUGGAAGACAGCUGAAGCUAAGGUAGUACAAAAUGUAGAAAAACAGUGGGAGCUCAGUCCAGCAAAUUACAUGAAGAUGUUACCAAUAGACAAGCAAAAGAAAAUUGUCAGGAAGACUUUCCGGAAAUUGGCCAAACUUAAACAGGACAGUGUUCAGCAAGAGAGAGAUAAUAUGGAGACAUUGAUUCAUCUGAUCAUUUCUCAAGAUCAUACGAUUCAUCAGCAAGUCCUUAGAAUGAAGGAACUAGAUCUGGAAAUAGAAAAAUGUGAAGCUAAAUUCCAUCUAGAUCGUGUAGCCAAUGAUGGAGAAAAUUACGUACAGGACUCUUAUCUAAUGGUCAGUCCAAAUGAAGCUGAGCAGCAAAUGAAUAGACCAGAUGAUCAAAAAGAGAUGCAUGAAUAUUUGAAUAAAAGUGAGGGAAUAUUACAGGUUGAAGAGAGGUUGAAACAUCACAAACAAUUAAUAGAAAAGCUUUGUGCUGAAAUUGAAAAAGAGGUACGUGGUAUAUGCACAGAAAGAAAUGCAGAUGAUGUGCACACAGAAGGAGCUACUAAUGCUGACCUGGAAAACUCAAAUUUGGAAAGUGUAAAAUGUGAGCUGGAAAAAAGUAUGAAAGAUGGUCUGAGAAUCAAUUCAUGCUUGAGCUGCAUUCAGAAAGAGCUUACAUACAGGGACUCACUGCUUCAAAAGAAGGAAAAAGAAUAUGAACUUCUUGCAGAAGAAUUUAAUUUACUACAUGUUAAAGACAACAUGGAAGCCAGGCUUCCAUCAAAUGGAGAACCAUCCAAGGGCACUGGCGUCUCCAGCACUGCAGUUCCUGACUUUGUUCACAGAGUGACUAAUUUAGACAUAAAUGACACAGACUCUGACACUGGAAUCAGCUCCACCCAUAGUCAGGACUCUGAAAUAACUUCAGGGGACAUGGUCCUGUUAUCAACAUAGUUGGAAAGAGUCACGCAUUUAUAAACAGUCGUCUUUUGGAGGAUAUUUAUAACCGUUAGUAAACCUUACUGUCUUCAGAGUGCAGUCCUUUAAGAUGUUAAAACCAUGGCAUCAAACUAGCAAUGUAAACAGUGUCUAUUUUUGUGCUUAAAAUUAUACUUGUGCUUAAAUGCAUGGGCAAUCUCAUGGGUUAACUGCUAGUAGGUGCAAGAUCGUUAGCUCUGCUAAACCAGAACAGUGUUUAGACCUUGUAAUAUUGAUACUCAGUGAAACAAGAGCAUUCUGAUUGGCUUGGACCAAAAGUCUGAAUUUGAUAUCACAUAAUCUUUGCAUCUGCCUCUACAUCUCUGUAACUUUUUAGGAAUGUGAAUUAGAGAAUAGCUCGAACUAGAGAGAGAGAGCGCUUGAUUUUCUGCUGUGUUACAUUAGUUUUGUUCCGCUGGAAUUUCCUUGGCAUAAAGCUGCUGUAAAGGUGUGUAUAAUCAAGCAUGUAAUCUAUUUAAAAAUAGUUUUUAUGAUACUCUAGGACAAAAAAAGAAACUGCUUUUAUGCUCUAUAUUUAAACUUAUUUUUGAGUAACCAAGAUGACAUCUUCACAAGCACCUAAGUCUCAUUUAAACAAUGACUUUGUACACAAAGAUUUUUAUUUUCCCUUCUCUUUUAGAAGCAUCCAGCCACUACUAAGAUCCCUAACAAUUCUGCUCAUGUGCUGUCACCCUCUAGUUGCCCCAGUGAUGGUUAAGUCCACAUAGUUUCUGCCAGUGAGCAUGUCAGAACCACCUACAGCCUGUUUCUGCGAGCUGCUCAAAUCCCUAGCUCACACCUAAGCCCCAGGGGCGUUUUCACCAGGGCGUUCUCCUGCCUGUCCCACCAACAGGAUCCGCUCUUAGAUCUCCUCCGACCACAGCUACCAAAUCGAGCACCACACAAGAGACAGGCAGGAACGAGAUGUUUUUGGCUCUGGCUGGAUGCUGUUUCCCAAUGGCCAGGUAGUUAAGGUUUUCAAAUAAAUAGACUGUCAGAUCCCAUUUCAUACUGAUUUGUAAUAGGGUAUGAACCUAUGUUUCCUGCUUCCUCAGUGAGGGCUUCAGGAUAUUAUGCAGCAAAUCUCACCUUUCCUGCUAAAAGUGUUCCAGUUUAUACAGCUAAUUAAAUACCGGGGCAUGGAAAAUGAAAGAAAUACAAAAGGUGAGAAUUUUACGACCAUGUGGUUAAAUCAAACGCCUCGGAUGUUGCAGUUAAGCUCUAAUCAUUCUCCAGGUAGUUUCUGAAAGUCCCAAGUUGAGGUGUAUAAGUCUCCUCAGUUACUGAAUAAGAUUUCUAACUCUGAACCAGACACUGCUAACAGGGGAAUGUGAAUAAUUACAGGGUUGCACACUGAAGGGUACCAUGUUCAUAUUUUGCAGAUCAGUCUUUUUAACUUUUGAAAACUUAUUCUAAAACCUGAUUAAUUAGAUGAAGAAACAAUAUAUUCUGAAUGAAGUUUAGCUCCAGCAAAGCUCAAACGGAUCCUGGAAUUAAAAGCCUUCAGAGUAAAUAAAAGGACAGUACCUACAUGGUAUAACUGUAAAAUAAUUUCAGAUACACUGUUUUUAUUUCUUAUAUUUUUGACUAUUUUGGACUUUGGUAAUGUCCCUUUUUCUUCCUUGACGUGUCUGACAACUAUCUGUUUUCUAAAAUGACGAAAAUGCUAGGACUGCUGAUUAGCACAUAUUUGACGUAGAGAAAAUCUUUUCUAAAAAAACAAUUUUUUUUGUGUUUUUAAGAUUUUCAAUAUUGGAUUUUUUUAAGAGAGUUUCUGUUCCAGGAAUGUGUGCUAGCUGCCAUAAUAAUAUUUUAUGUUAUGUUUUUAUCAUACAAUGUUAUUUGAACACUUCACUAAUAAUAUGUCAUAUUUAGACACAUCAGUUCCUGAUGGAAACUCAUGUAUCAAAUAUAUUAUCUUAAUGUUGUAAUAAUUUAUUAACGCAACUCAGCAUCUUUUGAACUCUGUGAUAUCACUCUGACAAGUGGAAAGCACAGAUUUCUGAAUGUUGAGAGUAGGCUAAUGUAUUCUAUGAGUUCUUGUGAAUUUAGUUAACAGUUAUUUCUAAAGAGUAAGUUUUUUUUUUCUUUUUCUCCUUUUUUUUAUAAAUAACUUGGAAUAAAGAAUUCAAAGAGAAUAAUAUUCACUGCUGUGCAGGCCAGUACAAAACCUUUGGGGGAGCUAAUUUCCAUUCAUCUUCUAGCAGAUGUUUUUCUCCCACAGGAACUGGUACUGUUCUGAGAGAAGUGAUUUUCAUCCAUACUAUGUGCUUGACUGUACAUUCCCUGUAAUGUGUAGACUUUAAGAGUAUUAUUGUAUUUUAAGAAGAAAAUGGGAAGAAUAGACUGGGAGAGAGUAUUUCUUAAA